GUGUCUUUCGGGAAACCGCCGAGCGGUCGUUCCUCGAUGGCUUGCCUGAUCGAGCCCUGAGCGCGCUCUGUGUGGUUAGGAGAUCCGUGCCGGCGAGAUUUAUGGUGACAUCGUGGUGUUGGAGGCGAAGCUUAUCCUGGCUCGUAUAUUCGAUUGGGAAAUUACGUCAGGCUGGACAUGUACGGCGUAGGAUGGGCGUGGCGUGGUUGUACAGUACGCCGCUAUUUUUGUGCGUUUCUCUCAUGGGUUUGAUUCAUGUGGUACUGUUUGAGAUGAAGCAGGAAUCCCGAUUCACAGCCUUGCGGACAUGCUCCGGCCCUGCCCCCGACAUGUCACUGCGCUGAAUCCUGCAUAAGGCUCCAACGUGGAUAGAAAGGACCCGCGGUAUUGAGGCCCAA